AUGACUGACCUAAGCAACGUAGCUACCUAUCGUUCUCCGCCGAACCAAUCGUCGUCCCCGUCACGCAAGCAAUCUUCGGGCUCGCUAUACGAGAGGGCAGCGAUGGCUUCCUCCUUAUCCCCCGACCAGUACGGGAAGGCGCCGCAACAGCUACCUUACAGCGGCGGCUCCGGUUCCGGGGGCGGUGGCUCUGAUCAAGACAAGAGCCCUUUGAGUUCGCUCAACCUCGGUUUUCUCAAGUCCUUGACGGAAAAGAGGACCACACGCGAUGGCAACCCGCCCAAGAGGAGAGGACCGAAGCCUGACAGCAAACCGGCCAUGACCAGGCGACAAGAACUGAACCGCCAAGCGCAACGUACGCACCGUGAGAGGAAGGAGUUAUAUAUCAAAGCUUUAGAAGACGAAGUGCUGAGACUAAAGGAGAUCUUCAGCAACAUAUCCCAAGACAAGGAUAAGAUAGCCGAGGAGAACAGGCAACUCAAGCAAAUCCUGGCUCAGAACGGGAUCCCUCUGUCUCACUACGGUGAUGACAUCGUCAGUAACCCCAGCGUUGGCUACACGUCCAGCGCCAGCGUUUCCGGCCACAGCUACGGCCAAAAUGCUUACACACCGCCGAUGACCUCCACGACAGCGCCGUCGGUGUCGCCUUCGUCUCACGGUCCGUCUCACUCCCAUUCACACGGCCCGCCCCCUCCCCUUCCUCAGAUGGGCGGACAGCAGGUGCAAAACAUGCAGGCGCAGAAUUCUGGCAGAGGUGUGGACUUUGAGCAAGCGGGCAUUGACUUCGUCUUAACGUACGAUAACCACCACCCCUCGAAGGCAUACCUUUCACCUCCCCCGCAGUGA